AUGGGUGAUGCAGGGCAGUCGGACGGCCUCUGCGCCAUUUUCGUUCAUGUCGGAGCGGGAUUUCACUCCCUCGAGAACUCAGAGCAGCAUCUCCUGUCCUGCAAGCAUGCCGUUAGGGCCGGCAUGGUCUUUCUGCGGAAUGGCGGAUCUGCCGUUGACGCUGUCGAGAUUGCCAUUUCCGCCCUCGAAGACGACCCCAUCACCAACUCAGGUUAUGGCAGCAAUCUGAACGAAAAAGGUGUUGUGGAAGGCGAUGCCACGAUUGUCGACCAUUUUGGGCGCAGUGGUGCUGCUGGGGCUGUACCCCACGUCAAGAACCCCAUCAUGCUUGCCCGCAAGAUUUACGAUAAAGCUUCAAAAAACCCUGGUUGCGGUCGCAUUCCGCCCAAUUUCCUAGCUGGAAAAGGCGCGGAGGACUUUGCCUUCGAAAACGGACUCAUUACCAUGACCAAUGAUGAGAUGGUUUCUCCUGCUGCAAGAUCUCGCUGGAUUUCUUGGAAAGAACAAAUUAAAGCCAAAGAGUCCGUGGCUCGCAAAGAGCGCCCGGAUGACUUUCUCCGUCAAGUUCAAGAUCCGAUGAAGGUUCGCAUCUCGCAAAGUUUCCAGGCCCCCGAUAUGCAGACCAAGGUCGAAGGCGAGUUAGAGACGAUGCGUCAGAACAUAGAUGCUGCACAUGAUGAGAUGUCAAUUGACCGGGAUGCCCUCAAGUACCAACCUCUUCAUCCUUUGGACUUUGAGUCCUUUUCAGAAGGGUCGGGUCUCGGCGAUGGCCAGGGCUUCGGUGAUGAUGGGGGCGAUGCAAUCACGGACACUGUUGGAGCGAUUGCCGUUGAUCGGUACGGAAACAUCGCUGCUGGUUCUUCUUCGGGGGGAAUUGGCAUGAAGCAUCGUGGAAGAAUCGGGCCUGCCGCGUUGAUUGGCAUCGGCACUCAUGUCAUCCCUGUUGACCCUGAGGAUCCAGACGAGACUGCCGUCGCGGCUGUUACUUCCGGUACGGGGGAGCAUAUUGCUUCGAGCUUCGCAGCCAGCACCAGCGCCGCCCGGGUCUAUCAUUGUCAAAAGAUGAACGGAAAUUCUCAUUCUGAACAAGUCACUGAAGAAGAGGCUCUUUCUGCUAUGAUCACCAACGAAUUCAUCGGUCACCCAGCGGUCCGGCACAGUUCCCUUGGAGGUGAUAUCGGUAUCAUGGCAGUUAAAAGAACAACGGACGGAAUCGCGCUAUACUUCGCACACAAUGCCAAGUCUUUCGCGCUUGGAUCCAUGUCGAGCAAUGAUAAACUACCUUCUGCCGUCAUGUCACGCGUCCCGGACAAAGGAAAAGGUUUAGGUCGUCAUCCAGUUCGUAUUGCGCAAGGAGGCCUGAUGUUUCGGCCAGUCAAUCGCACUCCAGCCCCUCGGACUAACCCUCUGCAAAACGAGGAGCAGACACCCGAGCCUAAACGCAAAGAGCGAUUGCAUUACUUCGAAACCCUCAAUUUCUAA